UCAAUGACGUCAUUCAUCAAAACCACUGACUGCUGGGCUUAAGCGCCACUGAAAUGGGACCUGAUUGUUUGUUAAACAUGACGCCAAACGUGCUGCUGAUUUACAAGCUCCUCGAAUUGGAAAACGGCCGAAAAACACUUGACCGAGGACUUCGCAGCUUCACUAACCGGGCCAAUGAAGAGGUUCAACGUUUCCUGAACGGGUCCUUUUCGACCUAUCAGUACGAUGAACUAUCGACGAUCUUGGACGCCAAGUGCCGAACUUUAAACAAUCUCCUCACUACAUUACAACACGCCACAAGUGAUCAACAAUUCUGUGCCGAGGCCCCUGCAGACAACGGAGACAUAACAAACCAGCUAUAUCUAUUUCCAGACAAAGUCGUUUUGACAACAGAUGUUCUUAAGUUUGGUCCCAUUUUAAGCAAUGUCCUUUUGGCGAGCUCCAUAACCAAGGCGAUCCAGGUGCUUGGAGCAACGCUCUCUUUUCAAUGUCUAAAGCAGCUCCUAGACCCUAAAGCUGUCAACGAUGACGUGUUCGAUAGCAUCCGGCCCAGCCAAAACAUUGAUGCUGGACCUGCCGAUCACUCUUCUGAUUUGAAAAUUGAAGGCAAUGAGCUUGUUGUGUUCAAGGAGAAACCCCAAGUGAGGGUAGUGGUUGAACCUCCUCUAAUUAUCAUGUGUCAAAACGGUUCCCUAGAGAUACUUCCAACAAAACCAGUGUCCCAGGAAACCAGCGAUCCUCAACCAACAAAUAUUCUUAUGAACGCACAGUUCCCCUUCUUGGAACUUGAACACGAAGUCCCGAUACAACAAAAGAAACAAACAUCUGAACAGCUAUUGACCUUCCUGCGGACGCACAAGGAAAGUGCCAGCGCGAAGCGGGACAAUUUGGCCUGGUUCAGACGCUAUUUCCAUCCUCCGUCAACAACACCAUCAAAGAUAACAAAACAGAGUAGCUUUAAAGAUGGUGGAAGUAGAAGUAUGACCGACAACACCAGGUGCAUCGAAUCCCCGCCAAAGGAGACGGCGUUGGCUGAAGAGGACUCCCGACCUCCCGUGUUCAGGUUGAAGCGUGUGGAGCCUGGAGGAGUUAUUAUCUACUCCUGCAUGGUCCUCACCGAGACGGAACUGUGGGACAUGGGAGAAGUGGUCACACCACUCGGACCCGUUGAACAAGUGGAAACCCAGGAAGGACAGCAAAACAAAGGGGUGGACAACAGUCACCGCAAGGUCUCUGCUGCUGAGGAACCGGGGGAAAAACCACAGAGUCCCCAGUGUACAAACACCACAUGUGGUUUUACCCCAGCCAAGUCGCCCCUCCCGAACAGUCCCACCAGCAUCCCCGAGUUUGUGAUCGUUGCGUUCAAGGAGAUGGAGGUUGUGGUUUCCCAUGUGGUGUCCCCUGGACACUUCUACAUCCAGCGUCCAGACGUGUUGGCCAAGCAGCAGGCCCUGGUCAACGGCUGGAAAGGCCGCUCGUUUGCGGAGGAAAACAGCGUGCCAGACAUCGGGACCCUUGUAAUGGCUUUCUUCUCGGAGCAGAAGCAGUGGUGCAGGGCCCAAGUCCUGAGGAUAUGUGGCGUCGGUGGAGACGAUCAGCCCGGUGAGGGCACUGGUGGCAGUGGGACCAACAUCAGUGUACAGGUGCUCCGGCUGGACCACGGAGACAAGGCCACCGUCUCCUUGCGCAACGUGGGCCCCCUGACACCGGACAUGGCGGCCCUGCCCCUGCAGGCCGCAAAGGUCUCGCUGGCCGAUGUGUCCGCGCUGGACGGGGUCCACUGGACGGAGGAGGCGGUGUCCUGGUUCAGAGCCAUGGUGGAGCACCGCACGCUGUACGCCCGGCUGUUCCCCCUCCGGUCGGCCGUCACCGUGCAUCUCUUCCUGGAGAGGGGCACCAUGGGCGCCAUGAGGAGAGGAGCCUCGCUCUCUUUGAGGUUAGCGCAGAAUGGACAUGCGAAACUCAACCAAAUGAAAGCCUUUGCCGCAGUCAAAAGAGGCAAUUUUCUCAUUCUGAAGAAAAGGCAGGAGGAUGACUGGCAGAAAUACCUAAUUGCAUGCUACACAGAAAAAGUUCUGAAAAAAACUUUGUUGGGAGUUAAAGACCUGGAAUCGAAGAUGAACUGGGGGUCCUUUUAUGCCGUGAUCAGCGGGGUAAACAGGCAUUCGACGGGCAUCGGGCGAAUAUGGCUCUCGGUCAUAUUCAUCUUCCGCAUCCUGGUGCUGGUGGUGGCGGCCGAGAGCGUGUGGGGCGACGAGAAGUCGGGCUUCACGUGCAACACGCAGCAGCCCGGCUGCAACAGCGUGUGCUACGACCAGUUCUUCCCCAUCUCCCACAUCCGCCUGUGGGCCCUGCAGCUCAUCCUGGUGUCCACGCCCGCUCUGCUGGUGGCCAUGCACGUGGCCCACCGGCGGCACGUCGACAAGAAGAUCCUGAAGCGGUCGGGCCGCGGCAGCCCCAAGGAGCUGGAGCACGUCAAGAGCCAGAAGUUCCAGAUCGUGGGCGGGCUGUGGUGGACGUACAUGGUCAGCAUCGUGUUCCGCAUCGCCCUGGAGGUGGUCUUCCUCUACAUCUUCUGGCGGAUCUACCCCGACUUCAAGAUGGUGCGGCUGGUCAAGUGCGACUCCUUCCCGUGCCCCAACACGGUGGACUGCUUCGUGUCGCGGCCCACCGAGAAGACAAUCUUCACCGUGUUCAUGCUGACCGUGUCGGGCGUCUGCGUGCUGCUCAACCUGGCCGAGGUGGUCUACCUGGUGGGGAGGGCGUGCCAGCGAUGCGCCCGGGACCCGGAGGAAGACAACAAGGUGGCGUGGAUUGGCCAGAAGAUGUCCACGUACAGGCAGAACGAGAUCAAUCAGCUCAUAGCCGGCCAAUCGAUCAAGCCCAAGUUCCCCGUGACUAGAAAGGGUUCGGCCGAUAAAGGCGACCGGUGCUCCGCUUUCUGAGGUUG